UUCAAAUACCACAACACACUCACAUGAUCUUCACAUAGGACAGUUCCUGCACACUUAUGAAAUGUGUAAUUUUCUUCUGUGCUCUCGGAUACGUUCCUCAUUCUGACUGCCAGGUGCCAUCACAUCACAUGUUUCUCUGCCGAGUUUCACACACAUUGUCUGUUUGUUUUUAAACACAUCUCGUGCAAAAUGAAGUGCGGCGUUCUUGUGGCUCUGAUCGCUUUCAGCUGUUUUCUCCCGGAAGACUCGUGCAGCUUGCAGAGGAUGAACAGGUUCAAUAAAAAAACCAAGGUGCUGGGGUUCUCUUGGGGAAAUUGUAAGUCAGGUGAUGCCGCAUAUAUGAAGACUCUGAACGCGUCUCCAGACCCGAUUCCUAUUCCAGGAUUUUUAACCGCAGAUGCAUCGGGCACGACAUCUGUUGAGCUGGCUUCUCCUCUCUCAGUGAACCUGACACUGAAAAGAGAAGUUGCAGGCAUGUGGGUAAAAAUACCAUGUAUAGAGGAUCUAGGAAGUUGUCAUUAUCCUAAUGUCUGUGAACUGCUCGAUCAGCUCAUCCCUCCAGGUCAAGACUGUCCUGAACCACUGCAUACAUAUGGUCUGCCGUGCCACUGUCCAUUUAAAGCUGGUGACUACACAUUGCCAUCAUCGCAGUUCUACAUACCAAAUGUUGAACUUCCCGGCUGGCUGACCAACGGCCAAUACAAAGUACAGGGUGUUUUAGGAAGUUCUGACAAAGAGCUGGGUUGCCUUAAAAUGAGCUUCUCAUUACACACCAACAACAUACAGAGAGAUAUAAGAAUAUCUGUCCUGUAGCAGGUUCUCUGUUCAUGGCUUCUGGAUGGUGAUAGAGAAAGAAUACAGUAGAUACAAAAUAAGUGACAUAUUGCCUUUUAACUUUACAAAGAGGAAAGCCAUCUGACAAUAUUAGACGCCUUUUUAAUGUUAUUAAUGGGAAAUUCAUGGAUGGUCUAGUGCUAUCUUUGGAUGCAGAAAAGGCAUUUGACCGUGUCUAAUGGUCCUAUCUUUUCUUUGUUUUGGAGAAAUUUGGUCUAAGUGAGAAUUUUAUCAAAUGGAUUGAUUAAAAAUCUGUUCCUCCACCUGUUAAGAUGAUCAGUCGAUUUGGUACCUUUACUGGUUAUAAGAUUAAUUUAGCCAAAUCAGAAGCAAUGCCUUUACUGUACUUCAAAGCUUAAUAAUAUGCCCGGUUUUUCUUUCAAGUGGUCACCUCUGGGUUUUACUUAUUUAGGUAUCUCUAUUUCUACCUCCUUAAGUACUUUGUAUAUUUUAAAUUUUAAUCUAGUUUUAACUACAGAUCGCAAGAUUUUGUUCUCUUGAUGAUUCAUACACAGGUCUCUUUUGAUCAGUUAUGUUUCAAGAUCAAUAUUUUUCUUAAUAAACACUGGUUUCAGUAAUUUA